CAGAUGCGAACCGGUCACACAUGAUUUUUGCAAAUAUUGGCAGGAAAACUAAACAGCAUUGAGCAUACUGGCGAGAACUUCGGAGUAGAAAAAUUACUGCAUUAAUAUUUCAUGUUUCAUAUAUUGAAACUUAUUUCCCGGGCUUUUCAAAAUUUAGAAUUUAGCGGGAUUUCAGUGGGUUUUACGCCUAUGUGAAUGGUUUAAUAUGUUACUUUCUGAAUCCCAAGCAAAUAUUUUCGACACUCUUAAGGCAGAAUCCUCUGAUGAGGAAUUCGUCAAACCAAAAAUGCGGAUGAAAGUGGGAGGGAGUCCAGUGAAAAAUGGAAAUGUUGUGGUUAUUUUGGAUGAUGAAAAUAAUGAUGAGGAUGAACGUUUGGCUCGACGAAAAUCUCGUCUACUUGAACCCCAUCUUUCUGGUGUAAGUAGUCCAGGAGGGAACUCUUCUAUUUCCAAAAACCGUGCUGAUGCUGCAGCUCCACGAGGUAUCCCACAAGCACAAAUAGGAGAGCAUUAUGGCAAUUGUAUUCGACUGGCUGCAGAAAAUAAAAUCACGGCGAAAAAUGCUUUCAGUUUACACCUCAUAGAUUAUAUGAGUGAAGUGAUAAAAAGUGGAAAAUAUGAGACCUUUCAGGUGGCUAGCUCGUCGUUGGAUGCUGGUGCGAAAAUCUAUGCCGGUCGUGUAGAUGCUGUGCACCAAGAAACAUAUCAAGUGCUUACUGGACUUGGCCGUUCAGACAAGUCUCGGAAUGUUGAAGAUAAGGGUGAUAAUGAUGAAAAUAAUAAUAGUGUUAAUAAUGAUGAAGAUGAUGAAGCCCAUGCUCAAUCUAAACCAGAGCAAAAAAAGAAGGUUACAGCACAUCGAGAUAUAAUUCAUAAACAGUUGAAUAAAAUUCGGAUCAAAACACUGGCUGAUAAGAUUGAUGUUGAUCCUUUGUUUCAACAUCAAACAGCUGCAUACGAUGACGGUGGUACAGCUGAGUUAAGAUUGAAUCAACUCUCUACUGCUAAUGCUUCAUGCGAGUUAAUUCUGGAUUCAUCGACACCUGUCAUGUUGCGUACAUCGACCAUACCUCAACCAAAAAUUAUAAAUGCUACAAAUCUUACUGAAUUCUUAUCUGUGUUAAUCACAAAGUCUUUGAAUCAGUUAUCAAUAUGUUCUACAUUGCAAAACUUUCAUUUCACUGAUUGGGAUCCAACCAAAGAUGCCCUUAACACAAGCAACCAAGGGGACUGGGAUGCAAAUACACAGCCAAUUGAUGCAUUUGACCUAGACAAUGAUGAUGACGAUGACAAUGGAAUUAAUUUUCUGUCCGCAGAUAACAGUUUUGGUGAUAACACAAUACGUGAAGAUGCUAACAUGGACCCAGUAUUAGAAACAUCAGGUAUGGAAAUUGAAGCCAAUGGUGCAUCAGCAGAAGCUCAGCAUAAUGAAAAUGGGGAAAAUAAUGCAGGGGCUAGUGUUGGUGCAACAGAAAUCAAUACAGAACCGACAAACGAGAGUGAAUUAUUUGUCUCCUGUUUGAAAAGUAUGCUGGAUAAACAGUAUGAACAUUUUGGAAAAUUAAAUGAUCACUUAUUGGGUAUGUGGGCAGGUCCUGAACACUGGCGGAGAAAAGCUAAACGUCCAAGGUUAGAAGGUGCACUGAAAUCAAAUGAAGAGCAUGCAAAGGAUGGUGAUGUAGUGGAAACUUGUGUCAAAACAAUAGGCAAUCGUAAAGGUUCGAAAUCAACAAAGAAAGACAAAGGUCAAAAAAUUUCCUAUCUAGAUGCACUUAAACCAGGCGAAAAUCGAACAAAAAGUGGAAAACUAUGCCGACGAGAUUGGCUUAAUAGUAUUCAACCAUCGGGUGUUGAAAACAGUGCUGCUUCUAAUGCUACUGUAUUUAAAGAAUCCUAUAGACUUAAAGCUAGCCGUCAAAUGAAUAUGAUUCCCUCGGAAAUUUCUGAUACUCGUCAAAGUUUAUAUCAAAUUGUUAAUCGAGAUGUACUCCUACGGUCAAAUACUCAGCCUGAUGGUAAAAAUACAGUUAAUGGUUCUCAUAAAAAUAAUGAAAAUGGUGAUAAUGUGAACGGAAUGAAUGAACUGAUAGUUGGUGUUCCAGAUAAUGGUAAUAUGUAUGGUGAUGAUGAUAUGGACGAUGGAUUAGAUCACCGAUUGCCUGACCAUGACGAUGAUGAUGAUGAUGACGCAUUACCGUUUGAGUGUGCUUUUACCCAGAAUACUGGUUACAAUGACUAUGGUCUCGACGAUAUGGAGUUAAUCUCACAACCAAAUAAAGUAGCCCGUAUUGAGAUUGGUUAUGCUAGGACUGCUAAAAUGAUUAACGUCCAACGUUUGAAGUCUGCCAUGUGGCAAUUCCUCGAGCAUUCAAUUCCUCGUGUCAACCCAAAUAUUCAAUCACUUUCUCCAUCAGUAGCUUCUACAACGUCAGCUCCUGAUGCUGGUAGUUUUGUUGACGAUGCCACCUCUGCUGUCAAUGCAGGUGAAGAUAAAGAGAAAUCAAUGGAUGAUUGUGUGACUGGAUCAGAUGAAGCUAAGGCUUCAUGCCUACCUAAAGUCCCUGGAGCAAAAAGUUUUUCCGAAGUGAUCGACAGUUUAUCAGGUCGUAUCAGUUGGCAAAUGGCCAAGGAGCUUAGUAUAUCAAUAGCUCUAAACUGUCUUCUGCACAUGUCUAAUGAAAAGCAAUUAUACCUUGAAAAUGUGGACAAUUUCUCUAACAUCUUCAUUUCACAAGGACUGCCUUCUUUUGAAUUGAAACUUCUUGAAUCCUAUACUCAACCGGAUGAUGAUUCACCGGAUACACCAUCUGGCCAAACAGUACCCAAUAGUACGAAUAGUAAUAAUAAUAAUAAUCAGAAACGUAAUAAAGCUCAACGUGUGCGUAUGUCUACGCUUGACUCAUGGCUCGAGGGUAGUGAUGACAAUGAAUAGUUGUCGUUCAAUGCCACACUGUGCUUGUAUAAAAAUAAGUAUAUACCUAUUGUGUAUAUCAAAUUAGAUUUAAGAAUGUAUUAUAUAUAUACAUGUAUGUAUUAUCAGAUUUGCAUUUCUCCCUGUACAGUAAUCAUCACAUAUACACAAAUAUAUACAGUUUUCUUCUCUGUACAUAUGUGUGAUUGAAUUGUUUCUUUUUUUGUUUCCUUUUUAAAAUUUGUUUUAAUCAAGGUAAUAUAUAUAUAUAUAUAUAACAUAUAAUUGUAAUCUCCUCUUUUGUUUCCCUAAUAUUAACUAAUAAUAAUUCCGAUUGAUUGGUUAUACUUUUUCACAUUGGUUAAACUUACCCAGUUUUUGUUCCUCUUUUCAUCACAUCACAUCACAUAAACCACAUGGUAUAAUAAUAAUAAUAAUAAUUAAUUUCGUUCGAUACAAUUCAGUUUCCUGUGUAAUAAUAUAAAACACUAACAACUCACUUGACAGUAAUACCUGAUGUAUCACCCCUCCCCUCUUGUCUCUGUUUCUCCUGCCUUCAUUCAUUCAAUAUUCUCAGUAGUUUUUGUUUCAUCUCAUCAUUACUUGUAUUUUCAAAUGAAGUACUAAUUAAUUCCUCUGACUAACAACUAAUCAUUGUUAAGAAUGUUUUUUUUUGGUUUUUCAUUUGUUUUGUUUUGUUCUUUUUUUAACUUUUGAUUUUGUUCCCAUUUAUGAUGUGUCUGUAUGUGUGAAUGUACAAAGGUGUGUGUGUGUGUGUGCUGCGUGCGUGCGUGUUUGGCUUUGUGGAUGUGUUAGCUGACUACUGUCCUGCACAUAAUAGUCAUUUGAAUUGUUUCCCUUUUAUUUAUUUAUUCUUUUUUCAAUCAUUCUUUGUUUUCAGUUUUAUUAUGCGUAAUUUCUUUAUUAUUCUGAAUGCCUAUUUAUAUAUAUAUAAUUUGUCAUCAUAGUUUUGAAAUAAAAAUGUUUCCCGAUGUUCACCUCUCCUGGAAGUUUUUAUUUUCAUGUUUCCAGUUUAAACAUUUUUAUUAUUUUAAUUAUAAUUACUACUACUACUAUUGUUGUUAUUAUCGUUGCUAAUUAUUUCUUGUUGACUUUAUUUAACGCACCAGUUUAUGUAUUUAAAGAAGAUUUGUGUAUCCUAUUUAUUUACAUCGG